UGCACUGGUAUGGGCUGCAUUAGUUGUGUUGUUGUUACCGCGAAGUUUGUGUUAACAUUUUUAUGAGGAUGGGAUGGUGUAAGUGUACAGAAAACAUAAACUGUAGUUUUGUGGAAGUGUUGUGUAUUGCUACUGCGCUGGAAUAGUAUUUCAGGCAUUCAGUUCUUACGUAGUUGACCUAAUGGAAGAGGACCGCUUGUAAAUUGUUUUCAGGAUUCCGCUACAGACGAUGGUAGUAAUAGUGCAUCAAACCUCAUGAUGGAAGUGGAGGAAAUACCUGCUCCUGUUAAUGGAACAACAGAUAGUGCCAGCAUGAAUAACAAGCAGGGACAGAUAAUUGAUGUGGAAAUGGGCUCCCAUGGGAGCACAUGCUGCAAUUUUGAGUGUGAGGAACGGGAGAACCUUUUCAGGCCAAGUACUUCAGCACUAUCAUUCUAUGGUUUGAAGUACAGUAAAGGCAGACAUUACAGGAUAUGUGACAAGUGUUCUAUGAAAGCUCAAGAGCACUUUGCUGGUCUAGGAAAAGCAAUGAUGAACAAUCAGUCAAUUCUUUCUGCUGAUUUUCCAAAACCUAGUGAAACUGUAUUCCUUGAAGAUUCAGAUGAAGAGGAAGGGGAAGAUUCUGACAAAGACUGUGUGCUAUCUGAUGGUGAUGCUGAAUACAUAGUGGAAAAUAUAUGUCCUGUUUUGGAGUCAACUUUCUCCAAGUUUGACUGGCAUUUCCAGUUGGAACAAGGCACUGAGUACCUUAUGGAUGUGAUGGACAAACAAGAAAAGGAAGCAAAAAAGUUUACAGAUGAAAUAGAUGAAGCCCAGAGAAUAAUUGAUAGAUUCAGAAGAGAGUUUUAUGCAGCUUGCAGUGCACCAAUUAAGGAGCUCACUCCUGUUGAAAUUAUUGAUGCCUUGCCGGGUGACUACGCUUCAGGAAUGCAGUCACCAUCAUCCAACUAUCCUGGGCAUUCGAAAAUGUCUCCCACAAGUUCAGCUUUUGGUAUGAGGAGCCCACGUAAAAACAUUGCCUUGGGUGUUGCAACUAAGAAAGUUACACCACUACACAGGAUGCCAAUAAAAAGUUCAAAAUAUGAAACUUCACAGGAAGUUGUUGCCUUGGAUGAAGUAAGGGUGGACCACAAACCAUUACCGCCAGUGGGGAUGGUCCAUAAACCACGACCUGCCCCAGGCGAGAUUGUGUUUGUCAUGAAGUAUGGAUUUCAUGGUGCUUGGACACAGGCCAGAGUAGUUGAAUAUGUUCAGAAAUAUGAUGAUUCCACUCUCCAGUCAGCAUACAAGAUUCGUUACGAGUACCGCAAAUCUUCUUACCUAAAAGUGGUCCCAGGAAAACAUCUUGCGUAUUCAACACCAAGCAAAGUAAGGCUGCCUGUUGGCACACGAGUUAUUGCAUUAUUUCAAGAUGAAGGCCCAAAAGAAAAUUAUUAUGCUGGGGUUAUUGCUGAACCUCCAAAAUCAAUGAAUAAAUACAGGUACCUUGUAUUUUUUGAUGAUGGAUAUGCCCAGUACAUACCACAUGAGAAAAUUUUAGUUGUUUGUGAAUCUUCACGGUAUGUGUGGGAGGACAUGCAUCCAGAGUCAAGGUCAUUUAUCCGUAACUAUCUGGAGCAGUAUCCUGAAAGACCUAUGGUAAAACUACAGGUGGAGCAAAUUGUCAAGACUGAGUGGAAUGGGAAGUGGUGGGUGGCUCGAGUGCAGGAGCUGGACUGUUCCUUAGUGAAAAUGCGAUUUGAUGCUGAUUCCCGUACAGAAUGGAUUUACCGUGGCUCAGCAAGACUUUCACCAUUGUUUGUGGAACUUUCACAUGCACGGCGUAUGCAUGGGGGGACAGAUACUUUACGGCGUCAUAGAGGUCUUGGCACUGCGUCUCUCAAGAAAAGAAAUAUGCCAUAUGUGGAAUAUACACGCACAGAAGUUGACGAUAACAAGACUGAGGAUUUAAGCAGAGAUGAUGAUAGUAAGUCUUCCCUACCACCUCGUGCAGUAGCUAGAAAGAGCACCACAAGACAGUCGGAGAACUAUACUGAUGAAAGCAGUCGUGUGAAGACACACGAGACAGAACCAGAGUUUGGCCGUAUUGAGUAUUUACAAUUGGAUACAAACUAUAGACCAAAGUACUUCAGACCUCAUCAGUGUUCACCAAGUUGCAUUUCAUGGGUCCCGUACGAUCCAGAAGCUCUGAAAGGACAAAAUCCUCUUGCAAUUCCAUUGCUUUGUGGAUGGUACAGGGAAAUUGUCAAAGGCCGUGGACGUCGCUCUGUUGCUUAUCGCAGUCCAUGUGGAAGACGAAUCCGCACAAUGGAAGAACUUCACCGGUAUCUACGAUCUGUGCGUUCAAAGAUGGGAGUUGACCUCUUUGACUUUGAUUUCUGGGUCCACUGUUGUGCUGAGUUUGUGUUAGAAAAAGGCUUCAGUGAAAUUAAGGAUCUUUCAUAUGGUCUUGAAAAUGUGCCAGUGUCGUGCGUGAACUGUGUGGAUCACAGUGUGCCAGACUUUGUCAACUAUUCCACGAAACGCUUGCCCAUGGAAGGUGUACCACUCAAUCUUGAUCCAGAGUUCUUAACUGGAUGUGACUGUGAAGAUGAUUGUAGGGAUCGUAGUAAAUGUGCUUGUUGGCAGCUCACAAUUGGAGGUACAGCAUGUGUGCGAGGUGCUCAGCCAGAUUUCUCUGUUGGCUAUAUGAACAAACGUCUUCCAGAGCCUGUUACAACUGGAAUUUAUGAGUGUAAUGUAAGGUGUAAAUGCUCCAGUACCUGCUUGAACCGUGUUGCACAAUUUCCUCUUCAGCUGAAACUCCAAGUUUUUAAGACUGUAAGGAGAGGCUGGGGAAUACGCUGUCUCAAUGAUAUCCCACAGGGCUCAUUCAUUUGUGUGUAUGCAGGUCGUCUACUGACAGAGCAAGGUGCCAAUGAGGGCGGAAAAAAUUAUGGAGACGAGUACCUGGCAGAGUUGGACUACAUUGAAGUUGUUGAGAGAAUGAAAGAAGAUUAUGAGAGCGAUGUCCCUGAGGAUGGAGAUGUCGACAUGGCAGAACCAUUCUCUCCCAAGAAAACUACAGAUGCAGAGAAAGAUGAUAAUGCAAAUGACGAUGAAAUUUCCUCAAGCACUGAGGAAGAAGUGGACAAUUUAGAUCUUCAUGACUCAGAUGAAGACUUCCGCCCUGGAAUGAGAGUCUCAGACUUAAAAGCAACGAGUGAUGGCUCCAUAAGGACACGUCUUCGUAAUAGACGGUCAUACCAGGAAUCAUCGGAGAACAUCAGUCAGAGCAAAGAAACUACAAAUGCUCGUGCUAAGAAACUGAGGAAUAACUCAAAGCACAAGUCAUCAGAACCAGCCACUUCUCGUGCAGUAGAAGAUGAAUGCAUCACACUAAGUGAUGAUGAUGAAACAGAUGGAGUCCGCCUGCCAUCCAGUUUCACUCCAGGUGUGAACGUCUCUGAUGCUGAAAAGAAGUCAAAAUACAAGUCAGUAAGGGAACUCUUUGGUAAAGAAGAGUACUGUUACAUUAUGGAUGCUAAGAAUGCUGGAAACAUAGGCCGCUAUCUAAAUCACUCGUGCUCACCAAAUGUAUUUGUGCAAAACGUAUUUGUGGAUACUCACGACCUUCGUUUUCCUUGGGUUGCUUUCUUUGCACUUACAUACAUACCAGCAGGCACAGAAUUGACAUGGGAUUACAACUACGAUGUUGGUAGUGUGCCUGGAAAAGUGUUGCACUGCCAUUGUGGAGCUGAAGACUGUCGCGGACGUCUACUUUGAAUGGUGUGUGUGUGUGUGUGUGUGUGUGUGUGUGUGUGUGUGUGUGUGUGUGUGUGUGUGUGUGUGUGUGUGUCACCACAUAGUAUAACAAAGACAAAUUUACGGUGCUUUGUCCUCAAUAAUAGACACUGCCAUGGACCAUAUAAAGUAUGAGUUUCUCUCCAGGACUUUCCAAGUAGUUUUUAUUUAUUAUCUGUUUGUGGAAGAAUUGAAAAAUCUCCUAUGAUUAUUAAUGUUAAAAGAAAAUGUUUUAUCGUAUAAUUAUCGUUAAAAUAUUAUUUGACACUCAGAAGAGUCUCUGCCAGAAACGAUUGUAGCACAAUAAGAAAUAUACAUUUAUUGAAUAUAUUUUAUAUUCCUUAUAUGUUAAAAGUAUUCAGAAAAGUGUAUGUACAGUACUUCUCUUCUGUUUUGGUGGUAUUAAAUAGUAUUGAAUCAGUGACUAUUUUUGUGUGUAAUUUAAACUGAUACAUUGUUUCUCCAUAUGUGGGAAAAAGAGGAUACAAAGAAGCAGUGAAACUGAUCUCCAGCAGUUGCAUACUACGCAGUGUUGACCUUCCUGGUUGCCUCCUACACCCACCGAGUGCAAUAUCUGUAGUUACUUAAGAUUUUGUCUCCUGUGUGAUGUUUGUGGCAGCAGUAGAGGUCUGCUGAAACUUCAUUUUGUGUAAUAUGAAUGUUUCAAAAGAAAAUGAAAUGUAUGAUUGUAUGGCACAGAUUUUUAAUAAAAAGAUUUGCCAAUC